UCCAGCACAUACUGUUCCACGCCUGGAGUUAUGUGCAGCGGUACUUGCUGUUGAGCUGAUGGAACUUAUAAAGGAAGAAAUUGACAUAGAGUUCCACAAUAUCCAGUUCUACACUGACAGUCGCAUAGUGCUCGGCUACAUUCACAAUGUAACACGCAGAUUCUACAUGUACGUGGCUAACAGAGUUGCACGCAUAAGAAAAACCACGGAACCUAGUCAAUGGCAUUACGUCUGUUCUGAACAGAACCCAGCAGAUCAUGCCACCAGGUUUGUGGCAGCAGCCCACUUACCCCUUACCAACUGGUUCUCAGGUCCAGAGUUCCUUAGGGAAUGUGACCCUAUAGGAUGUAGUUUAGGAGAGUCAUAUGGACUUGUAAAAGCAGAAGAGGAUGUUGAAAUUCGCCCCCAAGUGAACACACUGGCAACUAACGUCAAAGAGGACUUACUAGGCUCAAGCAGAUUUGAACGUUUCUCAAGCUGGAGAUCCUUGGUGAGAGCUAUCACUACUCUGACGCACAUAGCAAAUUCAUUCUCACAAUCUUUUCCUGACACACUCUGUCGAAAAUGGCAUCUGUGUACUAAAACCUCAGGUGUGGAGAUAUCACAAGCCAAGGCGACUAUAGUCAAAACCGUACAACGAGAAGUGUACCAGGAAGAAUUUGAGAGUUUGACUAAGUUUGGUAAAGUCUCGCAGCGUAGCACACUCCUGAGGCUUGACCCCUUUGUGGACAAUGAGGGUCUGUUAAGAGUUGGGGGUCGCAUUCACUGUGCUGACAUCUCUGAUAUAGAGAAGCAUCCCUUGAUAAUCCCUCCCAAUCAUCACGUAACCGGUCUUUUAAUUCAGCAUUUUCAUGAUCAAGUGGCUCAUCAAGGCCGGCAUUUUACUGAGGGUGCUAUACGUAGUGCUGGAUUGUGGAUAGUCAGUGGCAAAAGAUCUGUUUCAAAUAUCAUCCACAAAUGUGUGCUGUGCAAGAAACUGAGAGGUAAGAUGGAGAGUCAGAAGAUGUCGGCUUUGCCCUCAGAUAGAGUUUCUGUAGAUCCACCUUUCACACACACAGGUCUUGAUGUUUUUGGACCAUUCACUGUGGUGACACGUAAGACAAGAGGGCAUAAUGCUGAGAACAAGCGAUGGAAGCAGGAGUACUUGUCUACCUUGCAACCCAGGAGAAAAUGGACAGAGGAGAGAGAGAGUAUUCAGGAAGGAGACAUUGUUCUGUUGAAGGAUGGGGAAGCUAAGCGCAGUGAGUGGCCAAUUGGUCUCAUAGCAAAGACUAUAGCCUCAUCUGAUGGAAAAAUUCGUAAGGUUAUGGUGAAGACUGCUAAGCAAGGGGUAUUCAGAGAGUACUUAAGACCUAUAUGUGAUGUUGUCUUACUUUUGUCAAAUAAUCGGAAUGCAUAGUGGUAUAACACAAGUUAUACCAGGCGGGGAGUGUUCUGUGCAGUAUUAGUUUUUUCUUUAGUUUCAUUUUGGUUUGUAUAAGUAGUUCAUGUGUGACACCUUGUGGUGAAAAUCGUUAUUACAAUACUCAGUAGAACGCAACAGGAAGCUCGUAAAACAGUAGAAGAAGAGUCGUUUUCUGUGAUCUGCGUUUUAGAUGCUGUCUAAUCCUUGGAGUAGAUACGACCUUUUACAGUAAAGUAAAGUGCAUCACAUAAGCACAACGAAGAACGUGUGAUGAAGCUUUAUUCCUGUUAGCUAUCUGUCAGUCUUUGGUUUAGAACACCAUUGCCAGGGCAGAAUAGU